AUGGGAUGUAAUACAAAGGUAACAGUAUACAUUAUAAUUUUAUUUAUUGCGGGGGACAAGAGGAGCCCGCAAUCCUAAUCUCAAGAUUGUUAUUACGCAUGCGUCGCAUGUAUGUAGCCAGCAUUCGUUUGGACUUCCACUACGAAUGAAUGGAAUGCACAGAGCGCAAUUUGAUCACGCGCGUUUCGAACUUUUACCCCUCGUUAUCUGAUCAUGCGUGUUUUGACUGUGGAAGUAGCGUGGCUGAGCGGUUAGAGCACAGGACUUGUAGUCCGGUGGUCCUGAGUUCAGGUCCCGCUCUGACCGCUAGCUGGAUUCGGUCUCGGUAGCCCUGAGUUCAAAUCCUUAGCCACGCUUGUAAAUAGCCAACUGGUUUAACUUCGCCUCCGACCAGUUGGGAUUCUUAGCCAUGUUAUGUGCCAUUUGAAUUAUUGGUUCAUCAUCCCUGAAAAGCCCCAGAAGGGAAGAGGAUAAUUAACGCUUCCAAUGUAAAGUAAUUUAGGGCGGUCUUGGAUUUGAAUAUUAUUCCACGUAGUGGGUUUCCUCUUCAGUGGAACGUAGACUUCGGAUUCCGAUCGUUAGCGAUAUUCCAGUUUCCUAGAGCGGUAAUAUGGAUUCCAAAGCCUAGGAUUCCGGAUUCCACAAGCAAAAAUUUCUAGGAUUCUGGAAUCCAUAUCCUCUCAGAGCAAAGGUGAGAGCCAACAACAAACUUAGCGCACAUAUAGCGUCGACAAAGACAUUUGAACGUUGGAGAGGCUGGACCAACACUCAGUGACUUAACAUAACAGUGGAGAAGUAGCGUGCGUUAAAAAUCCAGGUUAUAGUUAAAGGUCUUGCCUUUGUUUUAUAUUUGCAAAAUGAUUCUCUGGUCUUUUUGGAUAAGGACGGAAAAACCGUAGGCCCGCGUACGACAGCAUUCGUUAUGACCCUAGUUUGACUAGUUCAAAAUUAGCCAUGAUACGGUGGUUGGUGGGUGAUGACAGGGCGGGUGGUGGACGGUGCUUAAUCUACAUGAGUGCUGCAGAAAUCGUAUGAACAUCAAAAUUAACAUUUUCUGCCAAUUGUUCUCAACUACAUAUUUUUACAUAUAUUUUUUUAGCUUUGGAGGACUAGUCGAGUUACCAUAUUAAUUUCUUUCCUUUACUUGAAAUGAUGAUCAUUUCCGUUUUAGUUUUGAACUAUAAAUGAGCGUUUGAUUAAACAGUUAUUAUGACCAGGGUUCGUACAGAGAAAAACUCUUAAAAUUUGUCCAGCAAUUUUCUAGACCUCUGGAAAAUAGAGAUAAAAUCUGGAAAAGUGGCAAAAGGUCUUGAGUUUUUUCAAAGCUGCAACAAGUGCUUUAUACGUUUGCAGCGAAUCAUGAAAAAAGCUUUGUUCCUGCUUUUUUAAAGGUCUAUAUUGAUCACGACACCUAUUUGAUAACCCUGACUCUGGGAAAAAAAAAUUGGGAAAGAAGUCUGAAAAAAGUCUUGAAUUUUAGAUCCAAAAAUCUGUACGAACCCUGUAUGACGUAACAAUUUAAUUCUUGUCAUUACACGGUCUUGGAUAGAUGCAGUCAUUAAAUUGUUUGUUUGUUGUUGGUUCCGGCUCUCCUUUGCUGCGAGAGGUUUUUUCUCCGGGGUACUCCGGUUUUCCCCUCUCCUCAAAAACCAACAUUUCCAAAUUCCAGUUUGACCAGGAAUCGGGCAAAAGAAAAACCGCUUUUUGGAUGUGCUACCUCCAAAUCAUUAUUUAUUUAUUUAAUUAUUUAUUCUCGAACGUCAAUUAUCAGAUUCAGAGAAAAGAAGUUGAUGACCAUCUUCAGUCCACGACGAGACUUCAUCUGGCCUUUACCUGUUCAACAUUUCAAGCGACGACAGAGAAGCUUGAUGCGCUUCAGAAGCAAGUGGAAGAACUGAAAACGUCCAAUUGUUCUCUUAACGCAAAGGUUGAAGCACAAAAGCAAGAAAUCACAGAUGUUAAUAUAGCUCUUGGCGAAAAGUUGGAUAUUCAGAAGAGAGAGUGGACAGCCGCCAAUUCUGCCCUUGCUUCGAAAGUAGAUGCACAAAAAAGAGAAUUGUCAUCUGCGAAUUCUGCUCUCAGAGCCCAGGUAGAUGCCCAAAAGAGAGAAUGGUCAAAUGCUAAUUCCGCUCUGACUUCUGUUGUUAAAGCGCAUAAGAGGGAGUGGAGAGCUGCCAAAUCCGAGCUGGAUUCGAAGGUGGAGUUACAGACCAAAGAAAUAAGAAGAUUGACCAAUGAGACAUCUCCAUUUGUGUGGAAGAUAACUGGUUUCAACGAAGUCUUACGGCUGGCUAAGGAGGGAACCCAAAAAAGUAUAUAUAACGAAUUUUACACAGGAAAGCGAGGCUACAAGUUAAAAGUUCGCGUAGAUCCAGACGGAGACCAAAGCCAUAGAAACAGAUAUUUGUCGGCAUAUGUUGGUAUCAUGAAAGGCCAUUACGACCCCAUUCUUCCUUGGCCCUUUAGACAGCAGGUCACCUUUACAGUGAUCGACCAACAAUGUGACCCGUCAAAUAGAAAAAAUGAGGUAGGGAUCUUGAACACCGAGCAGCAAAUACCCGGGUGUUUCUCUGGCCGACCUACUAGUGAAGAAAAUCCCGAACUCCGGGGAGUUCGCAGAUUGAUAUCUCACAAGGUCUUAUUCACCGGGCGAUACGUUGAAUACGACACGUUAUUUCUCAGGGUUGAAGUUGGUCCUCAUGACUAA